AAAAAAUUAUAUAACGUUUAAAAUAAAAGAUGCCAUACAUCGAGGUUAAAACCAAUGUUCAGGUGCAAGACCACAAACAAUUCAUUAGAGAAUUAAGUUCCUACUCGGCCAACGUUUUCAACAAACCAUAUGUAUGUGUUUCUCUUCAAGACAACCUCUCGAUCAUCUUUAAUGAUUCCGAUGACCCGGCUUACAUUAUUGGAGUUACAUCUAUCGGCAUAGAUGCUGCGACCAAAAAAAAAUUGAGUAAGGAAUUAAGUGAAUUUUUGGAAAAAGAAUUGAAAGCCAGUAGUGAUCGUGGGUAUAUUUUCUUUUAUGGUCCUGAUGGAGCUAAUGUAGGAUGGAAGGGCAGUGUUUGUGGAUAGUUGAGAGAUGUUAUUAAAAAAAAUUUAGUUCUUUAAAAAAUUUAGUUCUCUUGAAAAAAUUUGUUUCUUUUUAUUUUUCUUUUUUUUUUAAAAAAAAAAUUCGUUUAUUUUCUCUUCAUAUAAAUGUCUGCUUCAAAUAAUUUUGGAGGAUUCACGUGAGAAUUACUAAUAGUAAAACUAAAUGAAAUC